CAACUUGCUAUACAAACUGUGACAGAUCUAUUUAUUUUAUAUUCUACUUGCUAAUGAUAUAAUUUCUUAUACACUUGUACCUUAAUAUAAUCCAUUAGAAAAGCUUAACAUGUCAUAUACAUCGUGAAGCGACGACUUCAUCAAUAAAUACCAGUCUAGUUUCUAAUUGUCAAGCUCUUCUCAUCUACUUACUCGACAUGGCUAUCUCUAAAAUAACCCUUGGAAUCAUCGUUUUACUUCUCGGGCUCAUUGAUAAGUUAUCUGCCGUAUCGAGUAGUUGUAAUUUUCCGGCAGUUUUUAACUUUGGAGAUUCAAAUUCUGAUACCGGAGCUAUCUCUGCAGCCAUCGGAGAAGUUCCUCCACCAAAUGGAGUUGCCUUUUUUGGAAGAUCCGCCGGACGACAUUCCGAUGGCCGCCUCAUUAUAGAUUUCAUAACUGAAAAUCUCACUUUGCCGUAUUUAACACCGUACUUGGAUUCGGUUGGAGCUAAUUACCGGCAUGGUGCUAAUUUUGCGACUGGCGGUUCUUGCAUCCGCCCCACACUUUCUUGUUUUAGCCAAUUCCAUCUUGGGACUCAAGUGUCCCAAUUCAUUCACUUUAAGACUCGUACCUUGUCUCUCUACAACCAAACCAACGGAAAAACUCCAUUUUGCAAAGGAGUCCUUGCACGGCCCAAAGAUUUCUCAAAAGCUCUUUAUACAUUGGAUAUUGGCCAGAACGAUCUCGCGAUUGGGUUCCAAAACAUGACAGAGGAACAACUCAAAGCAACUAUACCCGCAAUAAUCGAAAACUUCACCAUUGCCUUAAAAUUGUUGUACAAAGAAGGAGCAAGAUUCUUCUCAAUUCAUAACACCGGACCGACAGGCUGUCUACCGUAUCUUUUGAAAGCUUUUCCCGCUACACCGCGAGAUCCCUACGGUUGUUUGAAGCCUCUGAACAAUGUGGCAAUUGAGUUCAACAAACAACUCAAGAACAAAAUCAAUGAACUAAAGAAAGAGUUACCUUCUUCUUUCUUUACUUAUGUUGAUGUCUACUCGGCCAAAUACAACUUGAUCACCAAAGCAAAGACUCUCGGUUUUGUUGAUCCUUUUGACUAUUGUUGCGUUGGGGCGAUCGGACGUGGAAUGGGAUGUGGGAAGACAAUAUUUCCAAAUGGGACAGAACUCUAUAGUUCUUCCUGCGAAAACCGUAAAAAUUUCAUAAGUUGGGAUGGCAUACAUUACACCGAAACCGCGAAUAUGCUAGUCGCAAACCGCAUCCUCGAUGGGUCGAUAUCCGAUCCACCUCUCCCAACCCAAAAAGGUUGCAAACUGACGAAAAAAUGAGUUGCCAAGCUAUGAAUUAAUAAAUGUAACUAGCAUAUUUCUGGUCCUUUCCAAUAAUUAACCAAAAUUCUAUUCACAUCUCAUCUUAUUAAAUAAAAGACCCAAUCAAAUAUUCAGUAACUUGUUUGGUAACAAAUUUAAAACCGGAUAGUUCAUAUUAUCGUUCGCUUAGUGACAACAUUUCUUUUGUUGCUUUGCUAAGUGACAACUUCUUGAUUCGGUGGGUCGUUCUUUAUGUUCUCAUGUUACAUGUGGAUAGGUAUGUGUAUAUUCGGUGGCUGUUUUGUUUGGCAUUCAUGAACAUAAUCAAAACUUGUUGACACUUUGUCCAUAUCAAAUUUAGA